AUGACCAUCGCCAUCGAUAUCCGCCGAAUCAGCGCGGAGGACACGGUCCUGCUCCGGCACUCCGUUCUGUGGCCCGACCACCCCGUUUCGCACGUCCUGCUCCCCGAAGACGCCUCUGGCUUCCACUACGGCGCGUUCCUCCCUGGAGGCGACAGGCCGACUGCCGUUGUCUCCGUCUUCGUGGACGCGCUCCCGCGCGCAGGGUCAGACGACCGCGCGCGGGCGGCGCGCUUUCGGAAGUUCGCUUGCGACCCCGCACGGCAAGGUCGGGGUGUGGGCACGCGCCUGCUCGCGCACGCCUUCAAUGCGGCGGCGGCGGAGAUGAAGUGCGACGUGAUCUGGUGCGACGCGCGGACGAGCGCGGCGGGGUGGUAUGAGCGCAGAGGCAUGGUGCGUUUCGGGGACACGUUCUUCAAGGGCGAUGUAGAAUAUGUCAAAAUGAAGAAGGCGCUGUUGUAG